GCUGGCAUAUUCGUUUGGCACAGCGCUGAAGCUCACUGCAGUGUAUGCGUUUCACAGACGGUUUCCCCGCGGGUUGUCACAGGCUCCCGCGUGCCUCAUUCAUACGUGUUGCAGCUGCUUCCUCCAAACUCUUCCCCCUGCCUAGCCACAAAUCCUUUUGGAUCCCUUCUGCCUCUGCUCUGAAGAGUUUUUGCCUGCUAAAUGCCAUGCUGUGAGGACGAGAGAGAUUGCAAGAAGAUUCCCAGCUGCGUUGUUGCAAACUCCAAGGAAGGCACAGAGGACGGUAGGCUUGAGUUCCUUGGGAGUUCAGGCUUCUCUCUGCACCUGGGAACCAUCUUUAAUGUGCCUGUCAUCAACUUUCACGCUUUAUAUGCUAAGCAUGACAUCAGAUGGUGUGGCAUAUCCCUUUGGUCAGUCGUGGUCAACUGUCCCAGCUCUGUCCCUGCCCAACUUCUUGUGUGCCCAGACCUGCUUACUGGUGGGAUGGUGUCAGAAGUAGAAAAGGCCUUGACUCUGUGCACGUUUCCUGUCAUGGUGAAGGAGGGGCAUGAUGGCAGCCUGCUGGUGCCCCUGGGACCCAAGCUGCAGGCCUGCCCGGAGGAGCUGCUCCGGCAGCGGCCAGGCCGUGGCGGGCAGCCCGAGUACCUGGUCCGGUGGCGUGUGGUCAGCCUGGAGGAGCGAGCCGCGGGAGGCAGCAGCGCCCGCUCUGCCACGGCGAGGCCGGAGAGCGUCUUGAUGUGGAUGUCUGCAGAAGAGGUCUGUGCCAGCUGCCCGGCGCUGCUGGGCAGGAGGAAGCUGGCAGGGCAGCGGGAGGCAGAGCAGCAGGCAGGCGGCCCGUGUGCUGCAGAGGUCCCGCUGGAUGCAGCCUCGCUGCUGGAGCUGAAGGCUGAUGUCAGGAGCCUGGUGCAGCGGGCCGGCCGGCAGCUGGCUGAGCGCGGGGCCCCCGACUCCUCCGUCCUCAGCACCAUCCACGUGCUGAGCGCCUAUGCCGGCAUCGGCGCGCUGGCGGGUGCCUUCCGGGAGACGGGGGCCCUCCUGCUGCUGAUGAAGAUGCUGUGCCACCGGGAGAAGCAAAUCCACCACAGCGCUGGCAAGAUGCUGAGGGCCUUGGCUUCGCACGACGCAGGGAGCAGAGCCUAUGUCCUGCUGUCCCUGAGCCAGCAGGAUGGCAUUGAGGAGCACAUGGACUUUGAGAGUCGCUACACCUUGCUGGAGCUUUUUGCUGAGACCAUGUCCUCUGAAGAGCACUGCAUGUCCUUUGAGGGGAUUCACCUUCCCCAGGUCCCCGGGAAGCUGCUGUUUGUCCUGGUGAAGCACUACCUGUGCGUCACUUCCCUCCUGGAGAAGCUCGGCAGUGGCGCGGAGCAGGGAGGGGAGCAGCAGGACCGCGCUGUGCCGAGCCUCGGCGCUGGGGAGAGGAGCUGUGUGAAGCAGGAGUUUGAGUUCAGCAUGGCUCUGGCAAACCUCAUCUUGGAGCUGGUGCAUGUGAUGGGCUGGGACCACAGCCAGAAGCCAGAGCUGCUGCCCCAGCAGGAGCUGCAGCCUCGCCCCAGCCGCUCCAUCUUCCAGCCCAAGCCCCCGCCCUUCCCUGCUGCCGCGGUGCCUGCGCUCCCUUCCAGUCGUGGUCCUCCCAAAAAGCAGGGUCGUGCCUUCCUGACCCGCUCAGACUUCGCCGACUGCAGUGGCUACGUGGAGUACCUGCAGGCGACCCUGGUGUGCGGCAUGAGGGUGUGCUUGCUGGAGGACUAUGGUGAUGUUAGAGCUGGGGAGGAAGGCGAGGUUCUGCAGAGCACUGGUAGCAGGUACACAGUGCAGGUUUUAUGGCAGUCAGCAGGUCGGACCGACUGGAUACGUUGGCACAUGUUGGAGAUUAUUGGCUUUGGAGACCAGGGGGAAGAUCCUGCUGCUCAGAAAAAAGAGUAUAGUCUGAUAAAGAGCCUUAAUGUAGACACAGUUGCUCAGCCGCUUUUCCGCAAGCCCUUUGGCGGGCUGUACUCCCUGCCUUACCUGGGGGAGCAGCCCCCCGAGGCUGCAGAGGCCCUGAGUCGUGCCGAGUGGUGGGAGCUGCUCUUCUUUGUGCAGAAGCUGGAAGCGCGGGAGCAGAAAGAGAUCACCUGUCUCAUCCAACAGGACCAGGGAGAGCAGCCGUCGGAGGUGGAUGAAGAAGCCCUGAUCCAGCUGUCAGUGCCCGUGGAGCGGGCCCAGAAAGUGCUGCAGGUGUUGGAGAGGCGGUGUCAGGGCAGCGCUCAGCGUGACCUGCGUGGCUCCCAGAUCUACACCAAAUACCUCCUCGGGAGGGGGGCGGCGCGGGAUGGCGGGGGGAGCGCUGCGGUGCCCUCGGAGGGUGCCAGCUGCAGGAGCACUGGCCCUGCAGCCACAGCAGCCAAGUCAGCCAAGGAAGAGCUCUCGGCAAGCACAGUGCCACCCGGAGCCCCCAGUGGGGCAGCCAAGUCAGAUUCCCAGCUGUUCAGUGAGCUCCUUGAGAGGGAAGGGCUGUUGUUCCCAGAGGUGACGGAGGAGCAGAUCAAGGUGUUGGGCAGCUCCGAGGGGGUGAGAGAGAGGGGCUCGCUGGCCAGGAUCGCAGCCAUAGCGGACACGAUCCAGAGCAGCACCUCAGAGGUGGGGCUGCAGUUAGCUGGGCUCAGGCAGAUCGUGAGGAUCCUGGAGGAGGAGCCUGAGCUCGAGCAGCAAGUCAACAAAGCCCAGGGCAGGCUGGGUUCCUGGAGUGCCAGGGAGAAGCUGGUGAAGGUGACAGUGGAGCUGCUGAGCACUGAGGUGGCAGAGAAGGCCCUGGUGGUGCUGGUGCUGCGGCUGCUGGCCCUGCUCAUGGCCAAGUACGACUGGCGCGUGCUGUUUGCCACGGAGGGCGGCGUGCGGGCUGUGCUGGCCGGCAUGCGGCAGCACGGCUCCUCCGCCCUGGUGCAGCAGGCUGGCCUGGUGGCCCUGAAGGUGCUGUUGGGAGCCGUGGCCGGCAAGCCAGGGGGUGCCGGUGGGAAGCCCCCGCUCCUGAGCCGCGUCGACGCGCAGAUGAUGCGGGAGAUCUUUGCCAGCAUCGGCUCUGCCUCCAGCAAGAGCUCGGCCAGCCUGCUGAGUGCCAUCCCUGCUGCCAUUAGCAGCAUGCAGAGGGUGCCAGGGGGCGGCUCGGGCGUGCGGAACGGCUUGCUGGUGGUGAGCGUGCUGAUCGACGGCCACCGCGGCCUGGCAGAGCAGCUGGUGAGCUGCGGUCUGUGCGCCGCGCUGCGGAGCUGCUGGGGGGACGGGCAGAGCCCGGGCUGCCCUCAGGCCGUGCUGGCCCUCGGCGUGACCAACCGGCUGGCAGAGCACCGGCUGCCCCUGGGCCCCGAGACGGCAGGCAGCGAGGCCCCGCUGGACCUGAGGGACGUGCGGGUGCUUCUGGGCAGCCUGGAGGACGGCGUCUUGUCCAAGGACGUGGUGGUGGCCCUGGAGCGGCAGCUCUGCAGCCAGGGCCCCGGGGUCCCCUCUGCCAAGGCGGCCCAGCUGCUGCAGGACCAGAGGUGCUUCAGGCUGUUGCUGCAGAGCUUGGAGCUGCUGGGGGCGGAGAAGGCCGUGAGCCUCAGCAUCCUCAGGAUCCUGAACAAGUUCCUGGACGGUUACCAGGAGGAUGUGCUACCUUGGAACGAGUCUGUGGAGCCCUGUUUGUCCUCUCUGACUGCCCACAGCAGCGACCUGGAGGUGGUGCAAGAGGUCGUUGGCUUCCUCCACCGCCUGGCCACCGCCAGCAAGGACUGUGCGGUGGUGAUGUGCCAUGCGGGCACCCGCGAGGCUCUGUCCAAAGCUCUAGACAAGCACAGCACGGCCCCGCUGCUGGCACCGGCCCUGCUUGACCUGGUGGUUGACUGCGAGAAGUAUGUCAGCCUCUGCAAGAAGCUGAUGACCAGCGUCUUGGCUGGCUGCAUCCAGCUGGUCCUGGGGCAGAUUGAGGAGCACCGCCGGAGCCAGCAGCCCAUCAGCAUCCCCUUCUUUGGUGUCUUUCUGCGCAACCUUUGCCAAGGCUCCAGCGUGGAGGUGAAGGAGAACAAGUGUUGGGAGAAGGUGCAGGUCUCCUCCAACCCCCACCGGGCCAGCAGGCUCACAGAUAGGAACCCCAAGACGUACUGGGAAUCAAAUGGCAGCACUGGCUCCCAUUUCAUCACUGUCCACAUGCAGCAUGGUGUGGUGGUCAGGGAGAUGAGCAUGCUGGUGGCCAGCGAGGACUCCAGCUACAUGCCAGCCCGUGUUGUGGUGCUGGGGGGAGACAGCCCUGCCGCCAUCAGGACUGAGCUCAACACGGUGACCGUCCUGCCCUCUGACAGCAAAGUGAUCCUGCUGGAGAACAUGACCCGCUCCUGGCCUGUCAUCCAGAUCCAGGUGAAGCGGUGCCAGCAGGGAGGCAUUGACACACGUGUGCGUGGCAUCGAGGUGCUGGGUCCCAAGCCCACUUUCUGGCCCAUCUUCAAGGAGCAGCUGUGCUGGCGGACGUACCUGUCCUGCACUGCCCGGGCUCAUGCCUGGUGCCAGGAGAUCUGCCAGGACCAUGGCCAACUGCUGCAGCUCUUUGGCAGGCUGAACCGGGCACUGCGGCACGAGCAGGACUUUGCCGAUCGCUUCCUUCCUGACGCCGAGGUGGCCCAGGCAUUGGGCAGGACCUGCUGGGAGGCCCUGGUGAACCCCUUGGUGCAGAGUAUCACCAGCCCAGACCCCUGUGGCAUCAGCCCCCUGGCCUGGCUGCUGAGCGAGUAUCUGGAGCACGUAGAGCCCCCCUGCCGUGCCGCGAGCCACAGCGCUGCCUUUGGUUCCCGUGUGCGGCGCCUGACCCAGCUCCUGGUGCACGUGGACCCCGGUGGCCCAGAGCCAGAGGAGGCAAGAGUAGCUGGCCAGAAGGAGGGGAAGAACAAGGAGAUGCCAGCCAGGGCUGCGAAGGCGGUGGUGGAGAAGUCGAGCAGCCUGUGGAGCAUCUCGCAGUGCUGGCGUGGUGUGGUGCAGCAGCAGGUGCAGCGGUUCCUGGAAACGGCCGGGCAGGCGCCGGACCUUGUGGAGCGAUACUGCGUGCUGUACCAGCGCCUGCGCAGCGCCACAGAGCAGCUCUUUGGGCAGCAGGCUGCCUUCCUGCUGGCCCUGGGCCAGGGCUUCGCGGGGGCUUUGCUGCAGCUCUCCUUCCUUACCAGCCUGCACGUGAGUGAGCAGUUUGCCCGCUACCUUGACAGGCAGAUCCAGGAGCUCCACGGGGCUGCGGGCAGUGCGGAGCUGCCCCGGCAGCUGCAGCAGAUCCUGGAGCCCUUCGUCAUCUUCAGUGGCCUGGAGCUCGCCCACAGCUUCGAGCACUUCUACCGGCACUACCUGGGGGACCGGCUCCUGGCACAAGGGCCGUCUUGGCUGGAAGGAGCCAUCGUGGAGCAGAUCGGGCUGUGCUUCCCCAGCCGCUUCCCCCAGGAGAUGCUGAGCAACUUGGCUGAGUCAGAGGAGCUCCAGCAGCAGUUUUACCUCUUCCAGCUGCAGGAGCAGGACAAGCGGCUGCUCGAGCUGGACACGGGCCUGGAUGAGGCACCGGGGCCGGCCCCGGCAGCGCAUGUGCCGGAGGUGAAGGUGCUGGCCCUGUCCCCGCGCUGCUGGCCCAUCUCCCCGUUCUGCUACAUGGAUGAACCUGGCAGGUUUUUCUCAGCGGCCCUGAGCUCCCCCCUGGACGAAUUUGCCACCUUCUGCAGGCAGAGCCAGAGCCAGCUGGGCUGGGCAUGCAGGAAGCCCCCACGGCUGCAGUGGACGUGGCUGGGCCGUGCUGAGCUGCAGUUUGGAGACUGCGUCCUCCACGUGUCCACGCUGCAGAUGUACAUCCUGCUGUGCUUCAACAGCGCCGAGGAGGUGGCUGUGGAGACCUUGCUGCAGGCUACGGGGCUCCCUGCUGACCUGGUGCACCAUGCACUGACACCACUGACCCAGGGUGAGGGUGUCCUGGUGCAGAGCUGCGUGCUGGGAGCUCCAGGUGUGCUACGGCUGAACCAGGCUGCCCUGGCCUGUGCCUCUGGCCACCUGAGGCUGCUGCCCCAGCAGAGGUACCUGCAGGCAGAGAAGGCUGAGGUCAGUGCCCUGGAAAGGAAGAGGAACAUCCUUUACUGCCUCAUCACCCGCAUCCUCAAGGUGGAGAAGCAGCUCCACAUUGACAACCUGGUGUUUAGGGUGAUUGAUGCCUGUCAGAAGGGUGAGUCGGGGCCAGGGCUGCAGUUUCUGAGCUUCUGCUGCCACAGUGUGGAUGUGCUGUCCUGUGUCCUGCACCUGCUGAAGCAGGGCUAUCUCCGGCGCCAGGAGGAGAGGCCCCAUGUCUUGGAAUACAUCUCUGCUGAACCCACAGAACCCUCUACCUCCCAGGUCCAGGCCCAGGUUGCCUUCCACACUGUAGAGAUCAAGACAGCAGCAAGCUCAGCCUCUGCUGAAAGAAGACAGACUUUUUCCACUUUCAGGUAGAUAAGGACCUAUCUGGGCUGGGAGAACACAGGCUGGGUCCAGUCUGUCUUUCCUGAGUACCUGUAGGUUUGGGUUUUUUUUAAAUAAAUGAGUCUCAAGUUG